AUGGCUGAAAAGCGCAAGAUCACCAUCAUGGAGCGCAAGAGCGGCGCAUCUACUUCAAAAGACAGCAAGGUCGAAGACCUCGGUGACAAGUAUACGGGCGUGAAGGUCUUGAUCACAUCCAUGAAACUCCAACUCGAAUUUUCUACAGUCCCAAACCAAGAAACUGAAACUUGGACGGUCAAUAAUAUGCGCUCCAGGAUAGAGAAGGAGAAGCUUAUGGGGGACUGGAAGCCUGUUGGAUCAUGGUAA